AAACACUUCCUCUUAGACCUCAUAGUUGGGAUGGUUGAGCUCGAGCUGCCUCUUUAGAAAUGCGUUGCUGUUGAGUCUGAUUCUGCGUGUUUGUUAUUCAAACCGUACAGCAGUUGUCGACUGAGCAGUUUUUAAGUCAUCGCUCAAGAUGGAGGUCAAGAAAAAGAACUUUUUGGGUAACCUGCGUCUGAAAACUAAGCUGGUUAACCUGAAGAAGCCUAGGAGAAAGAACCUUGCCAAGCAAGGAAGAGGGCUGGCCCAUCGGCGCAGUAUUUCUGUACCAGACCUCAGGUUUGUGCCAAGCGAAUCAUUUUCUUCUGACAACCCAGAUGAGUCCACUCCUUCUGAUGUCAUCUUUUUUGGCCACUCCCCUAGUCAAAGUGAUACAGAUUCUGUUGCAAGUGGUUCGCUCGUUGAUGGACAACAGAUCACAGACAAACCAUACGAUACAUUCUCAGAAAAUCGACUCAAAGUUCCCAAAGAUCGCACGGCUGCUGCUUUAAAAAGAAUAAGUGCACCAACAUGGUCACAGAGUCUUUAUGAAGAAAUCGAUGAAAUGUUAUAUACAGGUUCAGAGAUCAAGCUGGAUUUAGCUCAAGAAGGCUUGUACGCACAAGUCAACAAAAAAACCAAGGGGAAUGCACCUAAAUUCAGCUUCGACCCUUAUCCUCCACCAAGAUCUGCUUUCCCAAAAGCACUUACACCAAGACCAGACCUGGUAGACAGAGAGAGUGUCUAUGUUGAAGAUGCCACAGCAGACAGAUUGCCAUCAAGCACUGUAGCUGCAGUAUUGGCAAGAGCAAGCUCAAUGGGAGACCAAGUUAACCCUUACACAGACAGGAGGCCCGCAUCAGUUGACUAUAAAAGGCCAUCGUCUGAAAAAGGAACUCCGCCAGAAACCAGAGCAUCUCGCAUAGAUACAAUGUCUCAGAUGUUGGAUACUCUGGGUACUCCUUUGGAGAGGUCAGAUGGUACCUCUCAGGACUCUACCUGUGGCUCUCCCAAUGACGAGCAAGCCAAUAUGCCCUGGACAACAGAUUCGGAGGACCUGGACCGAGAACUUUGCUCUCCCUUUCUGAUGAGAGACUUCACCACCGAAGAGAUUCUGCUAGAACAAUUCCAAACUGAGGAGGCCAUGGAAGAAACCGCAGAGAUGUCCAGUGAAACAUGUGAUUUUUUUGAUGAGAACAUGCAAGAUCUUCUGGAAAACUCUUCUGUUACAACAGGGGGGACUGACGUCCAGGGACCCCUACCCUGCCAGCGAUACCUCCUGAGCGUCAACAUCAAGCAGGGAAGGAACCUGGUCGCCCGAGACAAGCGGUCUGGGACCAGUGAUCCUUAUGUGAAGUUCAAACUUGAAGGAAAACAGUUUUAUAAAAGCAAAGUGGUUUACAAAAGCCUAAAUCCGCGGUGGAAUGAGAACUUCUUCCAUGCUCUCCGAGACAGAGAGCAUGACGUGGAUGUCCGGGUCUACGAUAAAAACAGAACUGCCGAUGAGUUCAUGGGUUCCAGCUCAAUUUCCUUGAAAAGUCUGGAAUUGUACAAAACAUAUGAAUUGGAGUUGCGUCUUGACGAUCCAAAAAGUAAAGAAGAUGACAUGGGAGUUAUUAUUGUUGACAUCUGCUUAAUGUUCAGAGAUGCUACGAUCAAAAGAACCCCAAGAUGGCCUCCGAGGAAGAAUAAGCAGAACCAGGCCACACCAACCCAGCGUCCAAGUGAGACGCAGAAAAUUCAGCUGAAGAACCAGAAGUGGACUGGAGUGCUCGGUAUCACCUUGGUGGAGGGACUGGACCUGCCGCAGCAUGGCCAUGGGGACAUCUACGUCCGCUUCCGCCUUGGCGAUCAGAAGUACAAAAGCAAGAACCUCUGCGUUCAGGCCAAUCCCCAGUGGAGAGAGCAGUUUGACUUCAAUCAGUUUGAAGAUAACCAGGAACCUCUGCAAGUGGAAGUAUACUCAAAGAGAGGGAGGAAGGGUGAGGAAUCAUGGGGGAUGUUUGAGAUUGCCCUAUCGAGACUUCCGCUUAAUGAGAGGCAGCUCUACACUCAUGUGCUGGACCCAGGAAAGGGCAGGCUGGUGUUUCUGGUCACCCUAAGACCCUGCUGGGGAGUCUCCAUCUCUGACAUUGAAACAGCUACCUUGGAGAGCCCUGAUGAGAGAGACACAGUAGAGGACAGAUUUAGCCUUAAGAACACGCACAAGUGUGUGGGAGAGGUUGGCUUCCUUCAGGUCAAAGUCGUGAAGGCAAAUGAUCUUCCUGCCACAGACCUCAAUGGAAAAAGCAACCCUUUUUGUGUUGUUGAGCUCGGAAACUGCAAACUUCAAACCCACACAAUUUACAAGACCGUCAAUCCAGAGUGGAACAAAGCCUUAACAUUCCCAAUAAAGGACAUUCAUGAUGUGAUAGGUUUGACUGUCCUCGAUGAAAAUGGAGACAAAGCACCAAACUUUUUGGGGAAAGUAGACAUUCCAUUACUGACCGUUCAGAAUGGGCAGCAGAUAUGUCUGGUGUUGAAGAAAGAAGACCUUGGGUGUGCAUCAAAAGGAACCCUCACACUGGUGCUGGAUGUUAUCUAUAACAAAGUCAGAGCUGGUAUCAGAACCUUUAAACCAAAGGAGACAAAACUAAUGGAGGAAAACCAGAAAUUCUCCAAAAAGGUUCUUGCCCGGAAUAUAUAUCGGGUUCGAAAAAUCAGCACAGCAGUUCUGUACACGUUACAGUACAUUAAAAGCUGUUUUCAAUGGGAGAGCACGCAACGGAGUCUAAUAGCCUUUCUGAUCUUCCUUGUGACGGUGUGGCACUGGGAGCUCUUCAUGCUGCCCCUCUUCCUGCUGCUGCUCAUUGGCUGGCACUACUUCCAGCUCUCUGCAGGGAAGGCCAGCUCCAACCAGGACCUGGUGAACAUGAGCAUGGGUGAUGAAGAAGAGGAAGACGAGAAGGAACCGGGAAAAAAAGGUUUGAUGGAUAAGAUACAUAUGGUGCAGGAAGUAGUGCUGGUUGUCCAGAACGUUUUGGAGGAAAUCGCAAACAUCGGAGAGAGAAUCAAGAACAUAUUCAACUGGUCUGUCCCAUUCCUGUCGUGCAUGGCUUGCUUGAUGCUGUUUGUGGCAACAGCACUGUUAUAUUAUAUCCCACUGCGAUAUAUCGUGCUGAUAUGGGAUGCACAGGGAUCAGACAGUAGCAGAGGAUUUCUCUUCUCAGUGUGGGCUGAUGUAGCAGAGGCGAAGCCUAAGGCGUUAACAAAUUUACCAAGAGGCUGCGCAACCCACAUACUAUUGACAAUAAUGAAAUACUGGAUUUCCUCAAGAGGGUGCCUUCUGAUGUUCAAAAGGUGCAGCACAGCACGCUCAGAGCACCCACCAGCCAGAACCAGCCGCGGAAGAAAAGGUAAGCUUGGCGGACACGCUGGAUGAAAGGCUGCUCUUCUUUUUGAAUAUUGUACAACGCAGUCCACCUGACAACAAUGCUCCAGUGCCAGGAGAGCCCAUGACCCUGCAUCCCCCACCACACCACCCUAACUCUGCCCCCUGCUGCUGAGGGGCAGCCGGUCGCUCUCUGGCUUGUGUGUUUGCCACCCCCCUGACAGAGGCUGUGAACUGCAGCAGCGAGGAGGCCAGCACAUGGCGCUGUCAAUCACGAGCCUGGAGGUAAAGAAAAGAGAGCGCUGCAAGGCUGAGCCUUCAUCUUCGGAUAUCAUUUAGAAAAGGAAUGAAAAGCGUCGGGUUCGUCUUACCUUAGACCUCCACAGUUUUAAGAAAUAUGCCUUCAGGUUAAGUUAAUACAGGCCUAUCAAAAAUCAUGUUAAUAUAAUUAAAGGACAUAUCGCAAUUUAUUUUUUUAAAUAGUCAAAAUAAUAUGUUUAGUUGCACAUAGUUGGACUUGCUGUAUAUAAUAUAUUACUUUCUUCAUUUUCUCUCUGAAACAAAUAUAUAUUUAUGUAUUGCAUGUGUUUUAUUGCUAGCUGCCUUUAUGUGUAUAUAUUUUUACUCAGUAUAUAUCUGCAUCAUCAAAUGGAGAAUUAGCAGAAAUGCUGAAUAAAGAAUGUGAUCAGUUUGA